AUGCAUCAACUAAAACUCAACCUUGACAACUCUCAAUCCGUCCCUUUAUCAAGUGAGAAUGAUCUAGCUGAAUGGUGUUACGCCUUUAAUUUCUUUGCACGUUUGGUGGCUUAUGUUGCAGUUUUAGCCUUGAUGGUGUUAAUAAUAUUGAUAAUUUUGAAGUAUGUGACGGGCUUCAGUGAUGAGAAUAGUGGAGUUCAUGAAGAUGUGAGAGCAGUAACUGAAUCUGAGACUAUCCCUUUAUUCUCGGAAAAGGAUAUACCACUAGCAUAUGGAACAUGUGAAGAAGACGAAGAAACAGGAAGUUGCAGCAGUGGUGAGGAUUUAUAUGAUGGAAGGAUUUGUGUAAUUUGCUAUGAUGAGCAAAGGAAUUGUUUCUUUGUUCCUUGUGGCCAUUGUGCUACCUGCUAUGACUGUGCUCAAAGGAUUUACGAUGGGGAAAAUAGGGUCUGCCCAGUUUGCAGAAGAGUCAUUGGCAAAGUCAGAAAACUUUUUGCUCCAUAG